AUGGGCAUAUCGGACGAGGGCAAGUUGCCGGAGGACAUCGGACCGCACGAGGCGCGGCCUCCACAGGGCAGCCCGCACGAGCGCGCAUCCAGCACCGGCCAGCUGAUGGGCAGCAGCGGCGGCGACCCGAACAGCCCGCACUCCGACCCGCACAGCGACGACGGCGGGGAUGACUUCGCGCCGAAGCGGAAGCAGCGCCGCUACCGGACGACCUUCACCAGCUUCCAGCUCGAGGAGCUCGAGAAGGCGUUCUCCCGGACGCACUAUCCGGAUGUCUUUACCAGGGAAGAGCUAGCGAUGAAAAUAGGACUAACCGAGGCUCGGAUACAGGUUUGGUUCCAGAAUCGGAGGGCGAAAUGGCGCAAGCAGGAAAAGGUCGGACCGCAGGGACAUCCGUACAAUCCGUACCUGGCCGGAGCGGCUCAGGUUCCGUCGGCCACCGUCGUCGCUCCCUCGCUACCCCCGAACCCGUUCAGCCAUCUUGGCUUCAACCUGCGCAAACCGUUCGACGCAGCCAGUCUGGCUGCGUUCCGCUACCCAUCGCUUGGCGCAAGUCACGUGCUGCCGUCGGCCUACUUCAACCAGUUCCACCGCGUCUCACCGUUUUCUUCUUUCGUUGACGAAUUUUGCAGAGCGCCCCCGCCGCCCCUGCUUCCCCCGGGCGUUGGCACCCUCUACACACCGUCCGCCUCGUUCCAGACGCUGCUGGCUAACAUUUCCGCCGCCCAGCGGGCCCCACCGCCUCCCGCCCCGAUGCCCUCGAAACCUGCACCCGGCACGGAUUAUAUGACGCCCGGUGGACCCGGCAUGCCGCCAGGAGCCAUUCCACCUUCGCCGACCUCCCCGCCCAUCUCACCGACGGCUCUCCCACCCGUCAUGCCAGUUCCUCAAACCGCCCUACCACCACCACCACCUCCACCGACUGGAUCGGCUUCGCCUCCACAAGCGGACCGCCGGAGUUCGUCCAUAGCCGCGCUGCGAUUAAAGGCACGGGAACACGAGCUGCGGCUAGAGAUGCUACGCCAGAACGGGCACAGUGAUAUCCUUAGCUAG